AUGGCGUUUAAUUAUACGAGAUUAUUGUGUCGAAAUAAUUUAGAGAUCAGUCAUCUCAGAGGACUAUUCAAAUCUAGUUCAUUAAAUAUUUCUUCAACUGUAUCUAAGUCAGCGGCUGCUACAGCAUGUGAAACUUAUUCUGAAAAAAAUCAUCGUUUGAAACGACCAUUGUCACCUCAUUUAACUAUUUACAAACCUCAAUUGACUUCUAUGCUUUCGCUCUCUCAUCGAGCUUCUGGAUUAAUGUUAGCUUAUUAUGCAACAGCGGCUGGACUAACGGAACUUUUCCAUCCUGGUGGUAUGAGUUGUCUAAUUGACUCAGUGAAUGCUAUAGGUUUACCAUCCCCAAUACUGUUUCUUGGAAAAUUUGCUCUUGCAUUGCCAGCAACGUACCAUUAUUUUAAUGGAAUACGCCACUUGAACUGGGAUUUAGGAUUAUUUUUGACAAUCAAGCACGUAUAUGGUACUGGAUGGGCAGUUGUUGGUAUUUCCAUCGCCUCAGCGUUCCUGUUAGCUGCAAUAUUUUAA